UCAAACUGGAGAAGUUAUUAGCGAGGCUAGAACCAACGCCAGGAGUUUCAGAAGAAUGGGGCUCCGGCUGGACUGGCCCAAAUUUUAUUGUGGAAAUCGAAGAGACUGGAUCUGCCUCAGUAACGAACUCAGACUAUCUCAACAGCCUCGAAGAUGUGACCAACGAAACGACAUUGAAUUCCACCACAUCGGGGAGUGGACCCAAAAUCGUGGUACGGCCGGGAGAGGUGAUCAUUGUUGGCCUCGUGCUGAUGCUUUGGGUGGGCGCCAUUGUUUUGUUCUUUAACCGUUGGGGCAAAAUACGUAUGCUGGAACCAUAUCAGCCGAAAUUUCAGCAACAGCAUCGGUCUUCCUGUCCGCUGGUCGAUAUCGACGCAAUACCAACGCAUGGGCGCGCCUCUGUAUCCCGUAUGUCAAUGGGCUUAGUGAAUAACAUCAACAUGCCGACAUGUCAUUUCGCUGCGUAUAAUCCGACGAUAUACGCAAAAGGCUAUGCGACGCAUGCGCGUCCACGCCAAAACUCGGUGUUCGUCGGCCCCAGCCCCAAUCAGUUCAUGAUGCCACGACCGCCGCGUAAAACGCGCUCCGCCAUGGAUUUGCAUUCGAUGGUGCUCGAUGAGGCGGCGGAGGUGUAAAUAACAGAAAAAUAAUAUGCGCGUAUUGGAGAUGAUAGCGAAAGCUUUGUAAAAUAUAUCGAGCGUCAAAGGGAGUUGAGUAAGAGCAAAAUCCAUUCGAAAUGCACUGUCACUUUACGGCGAUUCUAAAGUUUCUUACAUUUAAGAGUUAAAGUAGAAAAGAAAAAAAAACGAAUAUUUUUUUUUGCUCACUAUCUCUACUUAAGCUGUAAGCGUUUUAAGCAAGCAAACUUAUACUUAGCUACUGGAAGCUGUUUUCUGUUGCACUGGUUACUUUCUACAAGUCACUACUACUAUUUGCAUAACCCUCGUAUUUAUGCAUAGAUAUACAUAUAUAUUACAUACAUAUACGUUUAGGAAUUUUUCUUACUCUACUCUACAUCUCUACUUCUUGGAUUGUUCAUUUUGCUCUAUCAAAUUGUAUUUAAAUAUCUGAAGUUAUUCUUAACCUAAAUAAGUCACAGAAAUUAUUCAAAGUUACUUUAAGUAGUUGAGUGUUUUAUACAUUUAUAUGAAUAUGUUUGUAAGUGUCAAAACUAAAAAUUCAAAGAUAUUACCAAGUAUAUGAAAUCCUAUAAAAAAAACUACAAAAAAAAAUCAAAUUAAAAAGUAUACAUUUUUUUCAACGAAAUCUCCUAACUAAAAUUUUAAAUAUAUUACCAAGUAAAUGUAACAACUACACAAGAACAAAAACAAAAAAAAAACAAGAAAUUGAAAAAUAAUAGGCAGAGUGAACCAAUGAGAACCUGGGACGUCAAUAUUCAAAAAAUUCAAAUUUUUAUAAAAAAACAAAUUAUUCUCAGAUUUUAAUCAUCUUUUGAAUCAGCACUAAACAAUACGAAAUCUGCUCCUAAGCCCACCCUUCAAACUGCAUCAGAAGACCAACUACUUCCAAAUAGAAAAAGGAAAUAACCAUUCGAAAGACCCAAAUAUUCUGCACCAAAUCUUAGAAAAACUCACGAAACAAAAUGAGUUCGCGCUAGCGCUGCAAAGAGGCUACUAAUCUUGCAAAAAUCUUACAGGGUUUGAUUGAAAAGUAAUGACCCUUGUUUUUUUAAGCAGUUUUAUUAAACCUUUUGGCUUAUACAACUAAUAUUCUUCGAAAUAGGACCCUUGAGCGUCAAUACACCGCUGGUAGCGGUCCUUCCACUGCAGGAAACAUUUUUUAAACUCAUCCGCCGGAAUCGCGUUCAAUUUGGCUGUCACAGUUUCUUGGAUCGCCUCGAUGGAGUCGAAACGCCUCCCCUUCAGCUUUCUUUUCAGACGCGGGAACAAGAAGAAGUCCGAAGAGGACAGGUCUGGGCUGUUGGGAGGGUGGGGAAGCACCGGAACCCCCAUCUUAGCCAAUGCAGAGGUGCAGAGGAAGGCGGUGUGCGCCGGCGCAUUGUCGUGAUGAAGGGUAAAAUUUGGCACACACUUUGCGCAUUUCAAGUUUUCCGGUCACGAUUUCCCGCACAUUGUAAUAAGUAAAAUUUAACUUCACUGAUCUCACGUAGACUACCACGACGGUCAAUGGUCAAAAAUUCACGAACCCGGUUCACAUCUUCGCCUCUUUGCGUCGUCGAAGGCCUUCCAGAUCGCUGUUUGUCUUCGACGUCCUCCCGGCCUUCCUUGAACGACUUGUGCCACCGUUUUACCUAGACACAAGACAGAGAUUGGUCCCCGUAAGCCUUCUUGAGUAGCCCAACGGUUUCGGUACUCGUUUUGUUUAGCUUUACGCAAAAUUUGAUCGAGUAACGUUGCUCCAAAGAUCGCUGCACUUUCGCCACUGCAAAAUCCUAACACACUUUUAAAACAGCUUUCACGCGCGGAGCGAUAUUGACUGCACCGCUGUUGCCAGGGAACUGGGACCGGUUUCUAGUGGAAGGGGAAGGUCCAACGAUCAUUUUUUCCCACCAGCCGAUUUGGUUGAUCGCUUGGCAGACGCUCCGCGCGGGAAGGCUCAUUACUUUUCAAUCAAACCUUACAUCAACCUAAAUGACUAAUGUUUUUUAGAAUUAUGCUAUGGAAUGCAAACGGCUUAGAUUAGAUUAGUUUAGAUUUGUGGGGGGUUGGACAAGUGCAAGCACUCAGUCAGUUGACCAUUGUACUGCGCCCGGAUAGCUUUCAGUAGAAAGCAUAGAGAGAUAGAAAAGAUAAAAUUUGGGUGGUAAGACGGAAAAAUUAGGUGAAAUGAGGCGACUCUUCCACAAAUCUCUUGGGUUCAUUGAUGAAUCUUAAGAGAUCUGGGAGAGGAAGAGUAUGAACCUCAUCCAUGCUCAGUAUAUCGCAACCCAAUAUUCUAAGUCUGAUUCUGGAAAACGCCGGCCAGCUACAGAGAAAAUGCUCUGCAGUGUGCUCAUCCUCAGUACACGAUAGGCACAUCGGGCUGUCGACGAUCCCUUAAGCUGACCACAGGCGCAAUUUUCCUGUUUGCUUCUUUCACAAGGCACUUGGCUCAACCCUGACCAACGUCCUCUAUGGGUAGACCUCAUGAAGUCGUCAAUCCAUACUUGAAUCGAUGAGGAAUUGACACCUAGAAAGAGUUCAGGGCCUAGUGGCAUACUUGCAGAACCUUCAUUAGCCAAUUUAUCAGCCAACUCGUUUCCAACUUUGUUGUGUUUUGCAACACUGUUCAGUUUUGUUUUACAUUCACCGACUAACUUCUAGGAGCAGCGUGGGUUAGCAAGGGCUAUCAGUGCAGCUUGACUGUCACUACAAAUUCCAAUACUGCUAAACCGCCUUAAUUAUUCUAAUUAGCCAGUAUGCCACAUUCAAGAUGGCAUAGACUUCCGUAAAGAAUACCGUGACCAUCUGUCCUGUGGCAUAGGAGUACUUAGUGUCUUCAUCUAAGUACCAUCUAGAUCCGCUACCAUCACUGGUUUUGGAUCCGUCGGUGUAGAAAUUGUACUGAUAUCCCGUUAAUAGGUUCUCUGGACCUAACCAUUGAUCUGGGAUCAAAACAUCAUACUUCCCACAGAAGCUAACGAAAGGCACCCGAUUUCCCAUUGGCAUCGAGAACAGUGUGCACUGCCCCAACAACUCGUGGUAUAUCAAAUAGUGGACAGUGUUUUCUUCAUUUUCCCAGAAUUCCUUUAACUUGAGCUUGUACGCCGCCUUCAUUGCUUCCUUUCGAAUUUGAAGAUCUAGAGGUGGCAAGUUCAGAAUGGCAUUAAGGGCAUCACUAGAUGUCUUACUCAUGGCACCUGUGAUACCCAAGCACAUACUUCUCUGCAGCUUGUUUAGGGGUUUUACUCUGCAAUUAAGCAUUGUAGCCGUCCACCAUACUACAGAGGCGUUUGUAAAAAUGGGUCUAAUCAGAGUGAUGUACAACCAGUGUACUAUCGCCGGUCUUAGACCCCAUGUCUUGCCAAAGGUUCUCUUACACUGACAGAAGACUUUGAGUGUUCGAGAGACCUACUGCUCGACGUGCUUCUUCCAGAUAAGCUUACUAUUUAGGAUUACUCCUAAGUAUUUAACCUCGGAAGACAGUUGCAGUGUGUCCAUUUUCAAUGUGGGUAGUAUCAAGCCUUCCUUAUUGCGUUUCCUAGUGAAAAGCGCUAUGGUAAUUUUUGUAGGAUUCACCGAAAGGCCAUGCAAUGCGCACCAAUAAUCAAUCUUAUUUAGAGCUACCUGAAUUUUAUUGCAUAUAGCUUCAAGUGAUCGUCCUGAGAUUAGUACGCACACAUUGUCUGCGUAGGCUUGGAUGUGUCCAAUUUCCUGCAGAUCAUUAAGAAGAGAGUCCACAACAAAAUACCAAAGUAGGGGAGAGAGUAGCAACCCUUGUUUUUCAGCCCAAAUAUGCGAAUUUUGCUUACUAAAGUAGCCAUUAACCCAAAAACGGGUACUCAAAUGGCUACACAUCAUAAGUGGGCCUGAGCGCGAGGAACUCAUUUCACAGAUCGUCGACUUUCGUAAUUCGAAUGAACGAUUUGUAAACUUCGUUGAGGCGUAAAUCAUUCCAUGAUGAAAUGUUAAUGAAUACUGAUAAAAAAGUAUGUAUUUAGUUUGGCAGUAGUCACUCGUCAUCUGCCUUUAUCCCUCCUGGAAAAAGUACCUCUAGUCUGUCCACUCUUUAUUUACUUGGUAGCCAUAGACUUUUAAAAGGUUUAAACAACUUAUGAACCUUCUGAAGAACAAAGUCAAAAUGCUUACAGGCAUUCUCGAGAGCCACAACGGAUAGUGAAGCCAUAAACUGCGUUUGUCGAUUCUGUGACUCGUCAGUGCAGUCUAAAGAAGAAGAAGCAUGCAUCUUGGCCUGGUAUUGCCGAAAAAAUGGGCAUACGCUCAACUCAGCUCUAUACCGCAUAAGAUCUCUUAAGAGAACUAUGCCUGGAUGAAAUAUUGUUAGAAGUAGGAGGUAUAGUAGGCCUUAUGAGACAGCGGACCACUUUCUGUACGUCUGCCCGGGCUGCGCUCGAAUCAGGCUUGAGGCCUUUGGCACUGAUGUGUUAAGAAGCGACCACCUUGGCUCCUUGGCACCACAAGUUCUACCAGUACUCAGAUUUCUUCGGAGGUCGGGUAGAUUUAAAUAAAAAUAAAAAAAGAAACCGGAGUAUAGUCCAAUGGACGUAAUGUUGUUUGAAUGCUGUACUUGCUAGUUUGUCCCGACGAAAAAAAGGAAAUAUGAUUGGGAUGAUAUUUCUUUCAUAUCAACCGUAGAAUCGAAGCUUUCGUUUCCUUUUUGCUCUAAUUAAUGUUUUUUCAGGGAAACCAAAACAAAAAAAAAAAAAGAAUCAAAAGCAACUCCAACGAAGGAGUAUCUCUUUAGUAGAUUUAUAUUUCGCAAGAAGAAUAUGACGGAAAUGCGGCUCCCAAGAACGCUUACUCUUCAUUAAAAAGUCUGAGAGACCAUUGGACAUUGGAAUUUAAGGGGCAUGGUAGCUGGAGCUUACAGUGUCACUCCUCUUUUUAGCACCUAAAUAUUUUAUCUAUCUAAUCUUAUCUGCCGUGAGACAACUAGCACAGCUUCCUCAGAUAAAAUUAAUUCACAUUUGUGCAAUAAAAUAAAGUAAUGACUAAAAAUCUAGAAUAACUGACGUUUUAAAGCUUAAUCUCUCUGUAAAAUAAAAUUGUAAAAAUAAUCAAGCCAACCUGCAAUUUAACCUUUGCAACAGAAAAUAAAAAAAUACUAUUUCAAGCAAAUUUCUACUGAUUCAAGACGAUUGCAAAGUGAAAAGAACGAAGUUAGGAGAAAAAUUAUUUUCGUACUAAAUCAAUUAAGAAACUUGAAAAAUGGAAAAAAUUACAAAAUUACAAAAAUUAAUCAAAACAUUGGCAAAAAAAGUACAUUAGCAAGAUUUGUAGUUGUAGUGUGUACAGUUAAGAGCAAAAGGGAAAUAUCAGCAACACAAGCAAGGGUAAAAACAACAGCAACAAAUUUAACUAAGAAUAAAUUAAGCCAAAGUAAAAAUAAAAAAAUAAUAAAAAUAUUUAUAUAAUAAAAAAUGUUAAGAAACUGAGUACUAAAAAUUUAAAGGAUAAAAAUAUAUUUCUUAAACUUUUUUUUUAAAUUUAUUACUAUGUGAACUUAUGCAUAUGAAAGCGAGAAAACUAAAUAUUUAGAGUGUAUUUUUACAAUAUGCAACUAUUUACAAAUAUGUAUACAUGCCGACAUAUACACCUGUGUGCACAAUAAUAGCAGCGCGUCAUAUUGCAAAGUUUUGACUAUUGAUUUUUAUUUACUUUUUUUAUGCUUUAUUAAAAAGAGAGGCUUUAUAUUACGACAAAAGCCAUAUAAUUGCAGGUUUCAUACUUUGGGCACUUAAAAGAAUAAAAUAAAAACUUAAAGAAAAAAAUUUUAAUUAAUCAAAAUUUCAAACUUAUUUUUUUAUAAAACAGAACUGUUAUUUAUAUAAUUUUUUUUAUUUUUUUAUUAGAAAAUAAAGUUUAUACAACAAAAAAUAAAGUUUAUACUACAACAACAAAGUAUGAUUCCAGGCUUCAAAUUUUUUUUAUUUUU